CCGUCAAGUAAUUGUGUAAACAAACUCCGCCGAUAUGCUGAUCAUCGGAGAUUCAAUCAGCCACACACGCGUCCGAGCCCGCGACGCGAUCGACGCGAGAACCACCGCGACUGUCUCUCAACAACCAUCCGCCAUGUCAUCGGGGGAGACUAGCGUUAGCAUCAAACCAUCCGGAUCCAAGAAGCGAUCUAUUGACAAGCUCGGGGACGCGGAAGGUAGUGAGCGAAAGAAGGCUCCGAAAUUAUUUCCCAUCUUCGAGAAGAAACCGAACGAACCGAAUUCAACAUUCCAGUGGAUCAAACCAGCCCUUGGUCCGCAACGUACCUGUCUGCACGGCAUGAACCUCAAUCCCGAGAGCCGACUCAAAGUCGCCGCGUUUGAUCUCGACGGAUGCAUCAUUCAGUCUAGUUUCCCGAAGAAAACGAAGGGGAAUGCUGUACCCGAAUUCCAAUGGUGGCGACCGAACAUCCCCAAGAAGUUGAAAGAAGUCCACGACUCGGGUUACUCAGUUGUCAUAAUCACCAACCAAGCCCUCAAGAGCGGAGCCUUGGAAAGCUGGAAGAAGAAAGUCCCCGCUAUAGCUGCCGCUCUCUCCGACGUACCGUUUCGGAUACUCGCGGCUGUUGCCCGUGAUGGCUACCGCAAACCCAUGCCUGGCAUGUGGUAUGAACUAGAACGUAUCUUCACCUCCGAUGGCGUCGUGAUAGAUAAAUCCUCCUCUGUGUUUGUGGGGGACGCUGCAGGACGGCAGGGCGAUCACGCUUCAACAGACAGGAAAUGGGCGCUGAAUGUUGAGCUUCCAUUCUACACCCCCGAGGAAUAUUUCCUCAAUUUACCCGCUGCGCCGUAUACACUGCCAGGCUUCCACGUUUCAUCGUUGCCCGCCGACCUGCCCCGCAUAACGCCGACGUCGACCCCACUCGUACCGCCUCAACCCAAACAGGAACUCGUUAUAUUUGUCGGAUACCCCUCGAUGGGCAAGUCUUCCUUCUACAGAAAACAUUUCCAAUCAGCGGACUAUGUACAUGUCAAUCAAGACACGCUUCGUACGAGGGACAAGUGCGUGAAGGCUGUCCAGGAGGCCAUUCAGGAAGGCAAGAGUUGCGUGGUGGACAAUACAAAUCGUAACGCAGAGACAAGGAGGCAUUAUGUAGACCUCGCGAAGAAGUUUUCUGUGCCAAUAAGAUGCAUCGUGUUCAACGGCUCGCUAGAGUUGGCUUGGCAUAAUAAUCUCUAUCGCGCCUUCAGCCUACCACCUUCGGCCGCUGAGAAAGAGCCUAAGAGGGAGCUCUUACCGUUCAACGCCUUCACAAGCUUUCGUGCUCAGUACGAAGAACCUGAGCUGGGCGAAGGCUUCGCAGAGGUGAAGAAAGUGAAUUGGGUCUUCGAAGGUCAUGAGGAGGAACGGAAACGGUGGAGCAUGUGGCUCCAGAUUGACGGAAAGUAGGCAUUCGUGGUACCAGGAAAUUAUGCCUGUUUAUGCGGUGUUGUUAUUGCUCUCGACGUGGGUCUACUUCUGCAACUCGCAGGACUGUCUGAGCUUUGGCUGCUGCCGAGAUGGCGGAAGAUCUGCUUUCCUAGGAUUUAUUGCCAUGCAUUGACCUUGCUAUUCGAGAACUGAUGUAUUCGCUGCUGCGUUGUGAGGACACUCAAUCGAGGGCUACAGCAAGAGCGACGGGAAUACGGCUGAUGGUGACGAGGAGGUAUGUACUGUAAUUCUGCGAUGGUGGGUACGCUUAAUGAUUGAGACUAUCCAA